GGACUGCCCCUGGCAGCCCUUAAAUUGGGCCAAAUCAAGCCCUAUCAGAGGGGCUUUUUCUGUAACGAUGACAGCAUCAGCUACCCCUUCCACCACAGCACAAUCACCUCCAAUGUGCUCUACGGUUUGGGCUUCACUUUGCCCAUUUGCUCUGUAAGUAAGAAUGGAAGAGUUGACAAAACAAAAUAUUUCUUACAUUUGUACUGACCAAAAAUUGAACAGCUGGCUUAGAGUACAUUAUAAUGACCAAUGGACAGCUGUUACUACAUAUACAGCACUACACAAUGACUAACAAACAGGGAGCUGUUCGUUCUAAGUUGACAGUUACACUUAUUGAUACCAUACACAAAGUUAUUUAGUUAAAUGCCUGGUCAUGAUGCGUAUCUUAUCUGUAAAGCUUCAACAUUAGGGAGGAUGUCCACUGAGUUUAGGGGUUCAAUUCAGCAAGGCCAUAACCAGUAAGCAAAACAAAUUGAUAUGAUGCCAUUUACAACCACAUUACAACCAUAUAAACAGGUUGUAAGGAUGUAAUUUCAACCAGAUUAUAACCAUAUAAACUGAUUAUAAUGAUGUGAUUUCAACCAGCUUUGCCAACCAGGUAAGGGUUAACUCAAAAAGAGGAUGCCCAGUCCACAAAGUGUCCCCAUUCCCCUUUCACAUAUCCCCCAUGUCAUUUCAAUCACCCCACCCCAAUAGAGUAUUUCAUUUGCACAUAUCCUGAUACCCGCCUGUCAUUUCAGUCACUUCUGAAGCUUGUGUUGUGAAAGCUUCUCGGAAGUUGUUGGGUCAUUUGUGGUUUUCAUCAAUAGUAGGACUUUAGAGUCCAACCGAUAAGUAAGGAAGUAGAAAGUAGGAAGUGCUGAUGUUAGUUUGGCCACUGAAUAUCACAGAGCAUGAGUUCAGCAGAUCUGAGAAGACCUAGCAACCCUGUGGUCAAACUGUUUAUUUUGUUACCCUGUUAACUAGGCUGUUCAAACUGGAUUUAGAACAUAUCACUUAUUCUGACUUUGGCCAUAGAUGCAAUCAUAAAUCAUUGAUCCUACCAUUUAUUUUUUAACAGUAAUUAGAUUAGAUUACAUUUCGACAUGUCUGUUAUUGAGCGUUGAAUGUAGAGAUGUUAUUGAAACUUGAGGGUCCUGUUGAUAGGCUUUGGAACAAACACAGGCUACUUUCUCUGUCCAAAAAUAACUGGAAUAGUUUCCUGGAACACUGAUUUGACUAGGUUGAUAGAUUCUAUUUGAAGAAUGACAGAGACAGAAGUGUUGGCCCACUGUGUUCCCUUUGUGUGUUUGUGUGUUACUUAGGAAAGCAUGUGUCCACUACUAGCUAUUGUGGCCUAUCCAGUGUUGAGGUCAGAAGUUCAGCCGGUGUGCGUGUAGUGUUGGUGACUGAUCCCUCUUCCUGGCCUUUACUGUGAUGAAAACCUUAAAUCCCCUCCUACACACACACACUCACUGACUCACACACACUAGACUUUUGUUUUUCAUAAACUAUGUCUAUUCCAUUAUAAUUCACUGGAGUGCCAUACACAACACUGCUGUUACAUCUUUUUAACUAUCUCAACUCCAGUCUAUUCAUGGUUUAAACGGAUUUAUUUCUCCAUACAUCAACAUGUCGCGUGGCAACCUUUAAAACUGUGGUGCUUCACAAUGCAGCUUUCACAGAAUAAAGAAAAGGGGUGUGGCUAGCGAGAGUGAAUCUGUCACCUGAGUUUCUCCUCUCAGUCCUUGACAGCCAGACUGUGCUGGGGUCCUUUUUGAUGUCAGCAGUAUGAUCUAACCAUGAUAAUGUCAACAAAUACAACCCCUUUAUUCAGCUAUGGAGAAGAUUUGCAUACUAAUGUGAACUAAUCUCAACCUUUUUACGCAUCCAGUUUCUACUUUCCUUGGGUCAAUGUGUGUCAUAGAGCUUGCAGUGUGCGAUUUGAUGUUUUACUAACUACGGUUUUGUGUUUACUGCUAAUUACUAAUGAUUGCUUCCACAGCACGUUUAAAGUAUACAGUUUCACUACUGUAUGUAGUAGUGUGAAACUCUAUUUUGAAGUUUCUAAUGUAACUAACAUGAACACCCGGUGAAUCUUCCUGAAAAAGCAUUCCACAGAGUUACUUCCAACAUGAUAACCCACUGUGCUUUAAGGAACCCAGGGAAAGAGAGAGGAACAGUGAGAGAGAGAUUUCACUUGCUUUGGCAAUGUAAACAUAUGUUUCCAUGCCAAUAAAGCCCCUUGAAUUGAAUUGAGAGCAGAGAGAGGGCAGAGCAGAGAGAGGAGAGAGGGCAGAGAGGGCAGAGAGAGGAGAGAGAGAGCAGAGAGGGCAGAGAGAAAGAGCAGAGAGGAGAGAUCAGAGAGAGGGCAGAGAGAUCAGAGAGAGGGCAGAGGGAGCAGAGAGAUCAGAGAGAGGGCAGAGGGAGCAGAGAGAUCAGAGAGAUCAGAGAGGGCAGAGAGGGGAGAGAGAGGAAACAGAGCGGAGAGGGCAGAGAGGGCAGGGAGAGCAGAGAGGGCAGGGAUAGAAGAGAGAAGAGAGUGCAGAGAGGAUAGAGAGCAGAGAGAGACGAGAGAGCAGAGAGGGCAGAGAGGAGAGAGAGGAAACAGAGCAGAGAGGAGAGAGAGAGGGCAGAGAGGGAAGGGAGAGCAGAGAGGGCAGGGAUAGAGGAGAGGGCAGAGGGUAUAGAGAGCAGAGAGAGGAGAGAGAACAGAGGGCAGAGAGAAAGAGCAGAGAGGAGACAGAGAGAGGGCAGAGAGAUCAGAGAGAGGGCAGAGGGAGCAGAGAGAUCAGAGAGAGGGCAGAGGGAGCAGAGAGAUCAGAGAGAUCAGAGAGGGCAGAGAGGGGAGAGAGAGGAAACAGAGCGGAGAGGGCAGAGAGAGCAGAGAGGGCAGGGAGAGCAGAGAGGGCAGGGAUAGAGGAGAGGGCAGAGGGGAUAGAGAGCAGAGAGAGGAGAGAGAACAGAGGGCAGAGAGAAAGAGCAGAGAGGAGAGAUCAGAGAGAGGGCAAAGAGAUCAGAGAGAGGGCAGAGGGAGCAGAGAGAUCAGAGAGAGGGCAGAGAGAUCAGAGAGAGGGCAGAGGGAGCAGAGAGAUCAGAGAGAGGGCAGAGAGAUCAGAGAGAGGGCAGAGAGAGGAGAGAUCGGAGAGAGAUCAGAGAGAGCGGAGAGAUCGGAGAGAGAUCAGAGAGAGCGGAGGAAGAUCAGAGAGAGAGCACUAUUGUGGGUCGUUGUGGAAUGGACAUCUAGGCCUACUUGUGGAUUGCAUGUCCACUGCACUGUGCACUCAAGCACGAAACAGCUUCUCUUCACCAGGGGAGCAAGUAGUGUUUGUUCCCAUGAGAACUCUCUUUAGCCACCAUGUUGUUGCUUUUUUCCCUCCUGUUCCUGACAGCCUGCGAUGUUUAAAAUGUCUACUUAGAUAUAAUAAAUGCCACUUAGCAGAUUAUUUUAUCCAAAGUGACUUACAGUCAUGCGUACACACAUUUUACAUAUUGGUGGCCACGGGAUUCAAACCCAUAACCCUGGCGACGCAAGAUCCAUGCUCUACCAACUGAGCCAUACAGGACCACUACAGUAUAUGUCUUGACUUUCCUCUCUGAAUGUUCUCUUCCGCUCAGUGUUAGACGGGUGUGCGCUGUGCAGUGGAUCUAUAUGGAUGUUAAGGAAGGUGUUUACAGCCCGCUCUCCUAACCUACUCCUCCUGUUCUGUUCUCUUUCAUUUGCUUUUUGCUAGCUGGACUCCCAUUUGCAAUACUCACACCACUACACAAUCCCUUCAAACGGGGAUUUUUCUGUAACGAUGAUUCAAUCAAGUACCCUCUUAAAGAAGACACCAUAUCCUAUGAGUUGUUAGGUGGAGUUAUGAUACCCGUCACAGUACUCACUGUAAGUGCACCUGUUUUAUGUUCACUAGUUAACUCAUCUCUCUCUCUCUUCCCUUCCUACUCUUAGUGCUUAACAUUCAUUUAGGCUAAACAUGCAUACUUGUACAAAUGUCUAGUUUAACUGCAAUCAUUCAUUGUAUUGUCUAAUAAUAACACUGUCUGUAUGAAAAAUAACAAAACAUCAACCAAACAAACAGAGUUGUAAGAACUUCCUAUUUUCCUCAAAGUAUCACGAGAACUGAAAAACCAAACCAAACCCCAACCCCUGUUAGUUACUUCUCUAUGUACUCACAGACCAGAAAUGUAUCAGACCAUGGUGGUUGACCUUUAAAGUCUCUGAAACAAAGGCCUCUCCAUAAGCCUACUCAUAGUCUCCAUCUCCCGCUUGACUCUUGGCCAGUAUUCCACUGACCGUCUUAGUAAAUAUCCUUGACAGUUUCUAUAGUCAAACUCAAAGCACAGAGGCCUGUAUUCAUAAAGCGUCUCAGAGUAGGAGUGCUGAUCCAGGAUCAGAUCCCCCCUGUCCACAUAAUAUUAUUCAUAAAAACAAAACUGAUCCUAUCUCAGCACUCCUACUCUGAGAUGAGGCACUUUAGGAGCCUUGUUGUGGCUGUUAUCAAGUCUUACAAAGGGCUUUUGCAGCAUUCACAUUCCAAAAAGACGUUUUUGUUCCAAUACAUUUACAUAAAUUCACCUCCCAUGGUCCGCACACAUUUCCAGUCAGUCAGUGUAAUUGUACUCUGCAAGUAGAAACCCACACACCGGAUGGAACUCAUUUACGCGUCAUGAAUUACCCUUGAUGUUUGAACAGUUGGGCUUCAACAGAAACCGUUAUCAGGACAUACCACCCCCUUGAGAGUGUAGAGUACAGCAGUAAGCGUAUGUUCAUAUUGUAGUCGUAGGCCUAUUUCCAGAUAGGGGAAUGUAAAUACACUUCCAGAUAACUUCUCAUGCUUCCAGGUAGAGAUGUAAGCCAGACAGUUGUCCACAAUAACCACAUCCACUUAUUUACUAGAACACAACAUUUAAAAAAAGACCCCCUUCCCCAACCCACCCACAAUGUUUCCAUGACGUAUGUUUAUUGCACUCAACAUGAUCUCAAAAUCGUUUCUACCGUUGACACACAUCUGACCACAAAUUGCUAAAUCUUCUAAAGUAACAGGUUAAGUUUGACCACUCAGGUUUGACUGAGAAGCUGCAUUGUGAUGCACCAGUGUUUGUUUUCCCUUUUCAAAAAGGUCUUUACUCAUUUGACUUUACACACGUUUCUCAGUGGACAUCCUUGUUUGGCCUUUAUAGUCACUCAGAUGGACAUUCCUCUAAAAUGCCAGGGUCUAUUUUACUUAAAGGGCCAGUGCAGUCAAAAACGUGAUUUUGCUGUGUUUUAUAUACAUUUCCACACUGAGGUUAGAAUAAUUAUGUGAAAUUGUAAAAAUUAUAAUGCCCUUUUAGUGUAAGAGCUGUUUGAAAAGACCACCUGAAAUUUCUGCCAAUUUUGGUGGGAGGGGGUUUUGGCCUUCCAUGGUGACAUCACCAUGCAGUAAAUGUAUUAAUAGACCAAUAAGAAAGAGUUCCAAACCUCGGCCAACAGCAGCUCAUUUUCAGUUUUCCCCUCCCCACUCAAACCACUCUGAGACAGUCCUAGCAAAAUUCUUCCUUGAGAAAUUGCUCUUUGCUAAGAAGCUAUUUUUGACCAUUUUAGCUGCAAACAAUCACAGGAAGGUACUCAAUUGUUACUCUGAAAUGAAUUGAUAUUGAGAUGAAAACAGCUGCAUUGGACCUUUGAAAUUCCUGUAAUUUUAGUGACUGACUUGCCAGUUGUAAUCCUGUAACUGCAAGCUGUGAGUGACCUAACCUCUGCACCUGUCUACCUCCUCCCUUCCUCACAGAUGGUCUUUGGAGAGUGCCUUUCGGUCUAUCUCAAACGCAUCAAAUCAAAGUCCUCUUUCAGCAACAUGUAUGUGGCCUGUGUUUACAAAGCCAUCGGCACAUUCGUGUUCGGGGCAGCCAUGAGCCAAUCGCUCACUGACAUCGCCAAGUAUUCGAUUGGCCGGCUCCGACCCCACUUCCUGGACGUGUGCAAGCCCGACUGGAAGCUGAUCAACUGCACGGCCGGCACCUACAUAGAGGACUUUACCUGCACAGGGAACGAACGCAUGGCCAAUGAGGGCAGGUGGGUGUUGAGGGGAAACUGACAGUUGGGCCCAAUUCGCUCCCUACCCCUUGGCCCCCUAUCCCUUCAGUGUUCACAGAUCUGAAGGGUAUACGGCAGAUCUGAAGACUCUGGAAAGGUAUAAGCAGUGACUUGGUGGAGCUUCCACUAUAUGCCUUACAGAUAUGCAAACAUCAAAGGGAGGGGUAGGGAACUAUUUGUGACUGGCCGGGAUGCUUCUUACAAAUCUACUGACUGAAUUAUGACAUCAUCCAUCAACUGAAAUAUAAUAUAUCCUGUUGUAUUGUUUAUUAUUAUCCAGGCUCUGUCGUAGCCGGCGCGACCGGGAGACCCAUGGGGCGGCGCGCAAUUGGCCCAGCGUCGUCCAGGGUAGGGGAGGGAAUGUCCGGCAGGGAUGUAGCUCAGUUGAUAGAGCAUGGCGUUUGUAACGCCAGGGUUGUGGGUUCGAUUCCUACAGGGGGUAGGAAAAAAUGUAUGCAUUCACUAACUGUAAGUCGCUCUGGAUAAGAGCGUCUGCUAAAUGACUAAAAUGUAAAUGUAAAAAAAUUAUGGUCAGAUAAUAUGCUGAGUGCUGACCAUGAGAUAAUUGUUAAGAAAGGCAAGCCCACACUGAGGUUUCUGGCUGCGUUAGUGUUGAGAGAAUGCCACAGUACUGAAGUGGACACUAGUUAAUGUUGAGAGAAUGCUACAGUACUGAAGUGGACACUAGUUAGUGUUGGGAGAGAGCCACAGUACUGAAGUGGACACUAGUCAGUGUUGGGAGAGAGCCUGACCAUGCUGAUCCAAAUAUCCUCAGUACUGUAACAUAAUCCACCAGCCUAAUGUCAAAACAAUAAAGACCUGUAUACCGCUAUUCUGGUGGACAAGGCUGAAGACACAGAAGUUCAGCCAGAUAUCACACAGAGAGAGAGCCAAGAGAGCUCCAAGUCGACCUCACUAUUUAAUUCAAUUAUUACAUAGAACACACACACAAGCCAAGGCUCUGGCUGAUGGUGGGCCUCAUGUCCCUUAGGGAAAUGCUAACAUUGCAGAAAGAUGAUCUGUAGGUUAUUCUGACCUGCUCUCUUCACUCGGUCCACCAGGCAGGUGUUUGUUCUAUUAAUGACUACCAUACCAAAGAAAACACCCAGAGCCGGGCCCGAGCCAGGGAAGGGCUGCCAUGGGAGACCAGAGCCACACCCAGGUAAAUAUGACCUUCUGGGGCCACAAGAGACUGGGAGAGCCCACCCAGGGAUCAUGGUAGAGAUUAGGGUAGUCUCUGUAUAGGUUAUACUCAGGUUUCUAGGCUAACACAGGAGAGGUUCACCACAUGACCAUGAGGUAAUGACAGUCUACAGAUAGGAAGGCAGACAGUCAGACAGCUGUCUCACACCACAGCCAAAAUGAUAGUCUGUAUAGAGACCGCUAGCUAGCUAACUAUCGCCCACCACAGCCAAUAACAGUAAGGUAUGUCUAAGGGUGGGCCAGACCAGCAGGCACUCGACAACUAGCUCUUGUUUGUUGUUGCUCUAUAAAUAGAAAAUCCUGGAUGUUGAUUUCAAAACUAAAAUAAGGACUGAGACUUCCUCUCCUGUGUACAUCCGUCGGUUUUCGAGUAGAUCUUGUCAGAUUAAAUUUAGAGUGACCUGGUUUUACUGAAUUUGGUUAGCGCCUCAUCUGAUACUGACAAUUGACCUUGGUCUCCAUGAUGAGUAUGCUUGGAAGCCAGCUUUAAGUGAAAGCUCAGAGAGGCCGAGCAGACCUCGGAAGGAACUUCCAAACUCAGACCUAAGGGCAACAGAAAGGCAAACCAAGGUAAAACCAGGCUUCCUAGUCCAGUGUAUUUAGGGCAAUCCCAGGCUUCCCAGUACAAUGUCAAAGGAGAUAGAGGCUAUGGGCCUGCCUCUGUUUAUUAGAGAGGCUAUGGGCCUACCUCUGUUUAUUAGAGAGGCUAUAGGCCUGCCUCUGUUUAUUAGAGAGGCUAUGGGCCUGCCUCUGUUUAUUAGAGAGGCCUGCCUCUGUUUAUUAGAGAGGCUAUGGGCCUGCCUCUGUUUAUUAGAGAGGCUAUGGGCCUACCUCUGUUUAUUAGAGCGGCUAUGGGCCUACCUUUUUAUUCCAGUUUGGCCUUUACUCCCACACUUAUUGAUGUGGAAUUGUGAAACAAAGGAGCUCAGAGAGAGCUGAAGUCAUUUACCCUGAUAAGCAGCCAGCCUAGCUAUCAGUGUAUGACACUAUGUGGCUCUCCCAACACUAACUAGUGUCCACUUCAGUACAGUGGCUCUCUCAACACUAACUAGUGUCCACUUCAGUACUGUGGCUUUCUCUAAACACUAACUAGUGUCCACUUCAGUACAGUGGCUCUCUCAACACUAACUAGUGUCCACUUCAGUAAUGUGGCUUUCUCUCAACACUAACUAGUGUCCACUUCAGUAAUGUGGCUUUCUCCCAACACUGACUAGUGUCCACUUCAGUACUGUGGCUCUCCCAACACUAACUAGUGUCCACUUCAGUACAGUGGCUCUCCCAACACUAACUAGUGUCCACUUCAGUACAGUGGCUCUCUCAACACUAACUAGUGUCCACUUCAGUAAUGUGGCUUUCUCUCAACACUAACUAGUGUCCACUUCAGUACUGUGGCUUUCUCUCAACACUAAUUAGUGUCCACUUCAGGACCGGGCCCCAGGGCAGACCAGAGUGUUAAGUGUCUGUGGGCCUGCAGACCAGAGUGUUAAGUGUCUGUGGGCCUGCAGCUCUCCCCAGUGUUUAUAUCAGCCGCUGGUUAUCAGUCAUCUGCUGGACGGGCGGAUGCCCUCGCUGGGCAGUUCAGCACUGCUUAAG